CUUCAUUGCCGGCGAAACAGAGAGAAACAGAUAGAUAGAGAGAGAGAGAGAGAGAGAGAGGGAGCUGAGAAAUUUAUGUGAGAAGAUUUUCUCCCGACAUUUUCUCUUUCCAAACACUGUUCUACACGUAGUCCUCGGAAGAUACCAAAGAUUUUCCCCGACAAACCCUCUGAAAAAUCUCAUCUCUGAAUCUCAGACACAGAGAGAGAGAGAGGGAGAGAGAGUCAUUCAGUGUUGAAAAGUAAUAAACUUUGGUACGAAGAAGGAUGAAGAACAAGACCAAUUCAGGUCUCACCGUCUUCUUCUUCUUCCUCUGUCUCGUUUCCGUCACAUCAGAUCUAGAAGCUGAUCGACGAGCAUUGAUCGCUCUCCGUGACGGCGUCCAUGGCCGUCCAUUGCUCUGGAAUCUAACAGCACCGCCGUGUACUUGGGGAGGAGUACAAUGCGAGUCGGGUCGGGUCACAGCACUUCGUUUACCCGGUGUGGGUUUAUCUGGUCCAUUACCGAUCGCCAUCGGAAACCUCACAAAGCUCGAGACUUUAUCUUUCCGUUUCAACGCUCUUAAUGGUCCUCUGCCUCCAGAUUUCGCCAACCUAACUCUGCUCCGUUACUUGUAUCUUCAAGGAAACGCAUUCUCCGGCGAGAUUCCUUCGUUUCUCUUCACUUUACCAAACAUUAUUCGGAUCAAUCUCGCCCAGAACAAUUUCUCGGGUCGGAUCCCGGAUAAUGUCAAUGCCGCGACCCGUUUAGCUACUCUUUACUUGGAGGAUAACCAACUUACCGGUCCGAUCCCGGAGAUUAAGAUUCCGCUUCAGCAGUUUAAUGUCUCUUCGAAUCAGUUGAACGGCUCGAUUCCGGAUCCGUUGUCGGGUAUGCCCAAAAAUGCUUUUUUGGGCAAUUUGCUCUGUGGGAAGCCGUUGGAAGCUUGCUCCGUCAAUGGCACUGGAAACGGUACCGAGACGCCUGUUAAAGGCAAGAAGGACAAGUUAUCUACCGGAGCUAUUAUCGGAAUAGUGAUCGCUUGUGUCUUAGGGCUUCUCUUGCUUUUCUUGAUCUUGUUCUGUCUCUGCAGAAGGAAGAAGAAAGAGGAAAAUGUGCAAUCGAGAAACAUCGAAGCAGCUCCUGUUCCGACUUCCUCAGCCGCCGUAGCUAAGGAGUCGGCUGAUGUCCCUACUCCGGUGACUAAUGGUGCACCGCAUUCAUCUGAGAAUGGCGCAUCGAAAACCCCUGCAGUGAGUAAAGAUCUGACGUUUUUCGUGAAAUCAUUUGGCGAGUUCGAUCUCGAUGGAUUGCUUAAAGCCUCUGCGGAAGUACUUGGUAAAGGAACAUUCGGAUCAUCGUACAAGGCGAGUUUCGAACACGGAUUAGUGGUGGCGGUGAAACGAUUGAGAGAUGUGGUGGUGCCUGAGAAAGAGUUUAGAGAGAAGUUGCAGGUUCUUGGAUCAAUAAGCCAUGCCAAUCUUGUGACACUGAUCGCUUAUUACUUCAGCCGCGACGAAAAGCUCGUUGUUUUCGAGUACAUGUCUAGGGGAAGCUUAUCCGCGCUUUUACACGGGAACAAAGGAAGUGGUAGGAGUCCAUUGAACUGGGAAACAAGAGCUGGUAUAGCUUUAGGAGCCGCGAGAGCUAUUAGCUACCUCCAUUCGCGUGACGCGACAACAUCUCAUGGCAACAUUAAAUCAUCUAACAUUCUCCUGUCUGAAACCUUUGAGGCUAAGGUCUCUGAUUACUGUCUUGCGCCUAUGAUCAGCCCUACUUCUACACCAAACCGCAUUGAUGGUUACCGAGCUCCUGAAGUAACCGACGCUCGUAGAAUCUCCCAAAAGGCUGAUGUUUACAGCUUCGGUGUUCUCAUUCUUGAAUUACUCACAGGGAAAUCUCCAACGCAUCAGCAGUUACACGAAGAAGGAGUAGAUCUACCGAGAUGGGUAUCAUCGAUCACUGAGCAACAAACACCGUCAGAUGUGUUUGAUCCAGAGCUGACAAGGUAUCAAUCAGAGGGGAAUGAGAACAUGAUCAGGCUUUUAAAGAUCGGUAUAAGCUGUACGGCUCAGUAUCCAGAUAGUCGUCCAACAAUGCCUGAGGUCACGAGGCUCAUUGAGGAGGUUUCUCGUUCACCUGGUUCACCAGCUCCUGUGUCUGAUUGAUUGUAUUUUUCUUUUCGAUUAUGGGAGGGUCUAAAUUGAUCGAUUAUAAAAUUGUUUGGUUUAAAUUUGAAUUUUCUUUUAUAUAGUUUGUUGGGUGAUUCUUGAAGUCAGUUGAAAGAUACGUCAAUUUUUUUUUAA